AUGGAAAGCAACAAGACAAGUGAUAUCAUAGAGAUCCAAGGCUUUGACAUAUCUCCAGGGUUCAUCUACCCUCUAUUUUUCUUACUGCUGUUUGUGUACCUAACCUUGCUCUUCUCUAACAUUGGAGUCCUAGUGCUUAUCAUCACUGAGAAGAGUUUGCAGCAGCCCAUGUACAUUCUCUUUUGUAACCUGUCUGUCAAUGAUCUAAUAGGGAACACAGUGCUACUGCCUCAGCUGAUGGCUCACAUCAUCUCAACAGAACGCUUCAUCACCUACAACCAGUGUGUGGUCCAAGCCUUCUACAGCCACACGUUUGGAUCAGCCUCACAUAUGAUCCUGAUGAUAGGUCUGACAGUGAGGCUCUCCCGUUGUAGAUCCUUUAUUCAAAAUGCUUACUGUGACAACGCAUCACUCUUCAAGCUUUCUUGUGAGGAUGUGUCCAUCAACAAUAUUUAUGGACUCUUCUUCACUGUGCUGCUUUUUAGUUGCUCAAUGGGAGGUAUUGCUGUCACAUACUUCAGAAUAGCUGUCAUUUGCUGGGUCAAGAAAAACAAAGAGAUGAGAAGCAGAGCACUUCAGACCUGUGCCAGCCACCUUGUUCUAUAUCUCAUCAUGCUCUGGUCAGGGUUUUUAACUAUCAUAUUGCAUCGUUUCCCAAAUUACCCAGAUUUAAGGAAAAUUGCUUACAUUUUAUUCCAUGUGGUCCCUGCUAACUUAAAUCCGAUUAUUUAUGGGAUGCAAACAAGGUCAUUGCGUGAAAAGAUUAUUCAAAUUAUGCAAAGACAAGUAACUCCAACCUAA